GGGACGCAACGGUGAGUCCUCGCCAAGCAAGAGCUGGCCAGGCGGGAACGGAAGACGCAGUCCCAGCACCCAUUUUCUAGACAACGGAUGUGAUUCUUGGCGUCCUCGUUUAUCGAGCGCCUCCCGAGGCCCGGCCCUAGGAUGCAGCCCGGCAAUGAUCUGCUUAGUCUGUCCCUGAUGUAUCAGCUGACGAUACAUCAUCCUGAUAAGGCCGCGGCUCACCAAAGUUGUGACAGAGGAGCUCGUAGAAUAGGGAGCUAGUCCUGGGUUCUGGGCGCGCUGAAUCUUGCUUAUUGAUGAAAUGCAGUUAACACAUCAGCUGGACCUAUUUCCUGAAUACAGGGUGACCCUUCUGUUAUUUAAAGAUGUAAAAAAUGCUGGAGACUUGAGAAAAAAGGCCAUGGAAGGUGCCAUUGAUGGCUCAUUAAUAAAUCCUACAGUGAUUUCAGAGGCCUUGAAAAAAUUUGGUAUCUCAGCAAAUGACACUUCAGUUCUGAUUGCUUAUAUUGAAGACAGAGAAAAACAAAUAAAUCAAGAAUACCUAAUAUCUCAGGUAGAAGGUCAUCAAGUUUCUCUCAAAAAUCUCCCUGAAAUAACAAAUAUUACGGAAGUCAAAAAGAUAUAUAAACUAUCUUCACAAGAAGAAAGAAUUGGGACAUUAUUGGAUGAGAUCAUUUGUAGGAUGUCAACAAAAGAUGUUUUGUGAAAUGACAGAAAUAUUAAAAA